UCAACCCUGUGAAGCGGGCAAACAUUCCAGUUGUCAAAGGUUGAAGGACGAACGACGGAGAAACCAGUGCAAAAAUCUUCUACUUUAUUUUCUUAGAAAUUUAUUUUCAUUUUCGUUUUGUAAUUUUUUUUUGUUUUAGACUCUUAGUUAUAAAUUGAAGAUAUUAAUUUUAAAAAUAUAAAUUUACAGAGAAAAAAUAAGCAAUCUCUCUCCUCUUCCCGACCAUAUCGUCAUCGACCUCUUCCUGAGAACGCUGAGAGCUGGAAAGUUAACUGAGAGAGUUCUCAAGUUGUUUAUAGAUACCGGUAAGGACGAGGUCUUUUCUCUUAUACAAGCACUCAACAUUCGAGUCACACUUACCCCUGUCCUUCCUACCAGAUGUUCUGAGAAAUUCUGAGAUUGGUUUAAUCAGUGGAACACAAAGUACAUUGGACUAGAGAGUUACAAACGGUUGCUUUUAAGAGGCCUAGCUCUUUGGGAUUGGAUUGUUGGUAUUUGGCAAGAUGUCUCUAGCAAUUAAGGAUGAUGAGGUUGACAUUGUUAUAGGAGCUCUUCGUUCGGAUCUGACAAUAUUCAUGAAUGAAUGGAGACCAAUGUUCUCUCGAUUUCAUGUCAUAAUUGUCAAAGACCCUGAUUUGAAAGAGGAACUCAAAAUACCUGAAGGCUUUAACCUUGAUGUCUACGGAAAGCCCGACAUAGAUCAAGUGGUGGGUUCUUCUACUUCGAUUCUCUUCUCUGGCUAUUCCUGCAGGUAUUUUGGAUAUCUUGUUUCUCGGAAAAAAUACAUUAUCUCUGUAGACGAUGACUGCCUCCCAGCCCGAGACCCUAAGGGCUUUUUGGUGGAUGCUGUUGCCCAGCAUAUAAGCAACCUUACCAACCCAGCCACACCAUUCUUUUUUAAUACUCUGUAUGACCCUUAUGCUGAAGGAGCUGAUUUUGUUCGUGGCUACCCAUUCAGUCUUCGGGGUGGGGUGAAAUGUGCUUUGUCAUGUGGGCUAUGGCUUAAUCUGGCUGAUCAUGAUGCACCUACUCAAGCCCUCAAGGCAAGGCAAAGGAAUUCCCGAUAUGUUGAUGCAGUUAUGACCGUCCCAGCCAGGUCCCUCAUACCCAUUAGUGGAAUCAACAUCGCUUUUGAGCGGGAGGCAGUAGGACCUGCAUUGGUUCCAGCUCUGAAGUUGGCUGGGGAAGGUAAGUGUAGGUGGGAAACAAUGGAAGACAUCUGGAGUGGGUUGUGUGUUAAGAUUGUAUGCGAUCAUCUGGGGCUCGGUGUGAAAACUGGACUGCCGUACAUAUGGAGAACCGAUAGAGGUGACCCUAUAGCAAGCUUGAAAAAGGAGUGGGAGGGUGUGAAGCUGAUGGAGGAAGUUAUCCCCUUCUUUCAGUCUGUAAGGUUGCCACGAGAAGCUACAACAGUGGAGGAAUGCAUAAUUGAGGUGGCAAACGCUGUUAAAGAGCGGCUAGGAUCGAUGGACCCUGUGUUUGCUCGUGCUGCUAAAGCUAUGCUGGAGUGGGUCAAGCUCUGGCAAUCAGUUGGAUCUAGCUCAUCACGAUCCUCAGCAGUCUAGGAACUACUAAUCAUGAUUUCAGUGUUUUUAACAUAUAUCCACCCUAUAUAUAUAGCCAAAUGGAUGAAUAAAAGCAUAUUUAGGCUCAUUGUUGUUGCAGACCUGGCUUUGCUUAGUCUCUCGGUUUUAGUUAUGGCUAUAGAGACGCUGUAAUGAGUAGUUAAAACCAUUGCAAUAAUCGGAUCCGGUUGAUUGAACUGGUUCAACCGGAAGCCGAAGGCUUGUUCGGUUAGACUUUCGGUCUGGUUUUCAUGACAUUGGUUCAAACUACUCGUAUAUCAUCCUUGGAGAGAAUUUGGGUUACUUUUUAUUGUGUUAAAUAGCAUGAAUUAUCUUUAUGCUCA